CUAUCAGAGCGAAUACAAAUAGAAUGAGUGAGCAAGGUAAAAAACAACCAUCACUACUGUUCACACCAUUGACAAUACGCGGCGUAACACUCAAGAACCGCAUAGGAGUGUCACCGAUGGCCACGUGGAAAGCGGUGGACGGUAUACCCAACGACUUUCACGUGAUGCACUAUGGUUCAUUUGCCCAGGGUGGUGCCGGACUGGUCAUGGUAGAGGCUACGGCAGUUGAGCCCCGGGGCCGUAUGACACCGGCAGAAACAUGUAUCUACAAUGACGAACAGGUAGAGGGGUGGCGCCGAGUUACCGCCCUGAUCAAAUCGUUGGGUUCAGUGUCGGCCAUACAAAUCUUUCAUGUGGGUCGUAAAGGCUCGGUGCCGGCCAACUGGAAAGACUUUAACCAAUCGUAUUUGUCAGAUGAUCAGGGUGGUUGGUCUGUCAUAGCUCCCAGUGCUAUACGAUUUAAUGAUAAGCAUAGAGUGCCCAAAGAGGCCACACUUGAGGACAUAGAAGUACUGCAACAGGCGUUUGUGUCGGCGGCCGUCCGAGCGAUUAGCGCUGGCUUUGAGGUGAUUGAGUUACACUACGCUCAUGGAUAUUUAGUAAACCAAUGGUUAUCGCCGGCCUGUAAUCAACGCACCGACCGAUACGGCGGUUCACUCGAAAAUCGGAUGCGCUUCGGUUUAGAGACGGCCCGUCGGGUGCGGGAAGUGAUCCCCAAAUCAAUGCCACUGUUUGUGAGGAUUUCGGUCACGGAUUACGCGGACAACGGAUGGGAUGUCAACGACAGCGUAGAGUUCGCCAAACAGUUAAAGGCUGUGGGCGUCGAUGUCGUCGACUGCAGCUCCGGAGGUGUCGUCAGUGGUAUUAUGUACACUACACUCAACCCAUCGGAAAUACAGCACAAGGCCUCGGCUCAGAUCCAACGCGAGGCCGGUAUCGCCACUACAGCUGUCGGUAAAAUCAUUGACCCCUUGAAGGCCGAGGCGUUGCUUCAGGACAACAGCGCGACACUCAUAUUCAUAGGUCGGGCGCUACUAAACAACCCUCACUGGCCAUACACUGCCGCUGACCUCUUGGCCACCGAACACACACAAUGCCACUGUUUGAUUUCGGUCACGGAUUACGCGGACAACGGAUGGGAUGUCAACGACAGCGUAGAGUUCGCCAAACAGUUGAAGGCUGUCGGCGUCGAUGUCAUCGACUGCAGCUCUGGGGGUGUCAUCGAUGGCGUAAAUUAUGGAUUAUUAAAUUCACCGGAAGUACAGCACAAGACCUCGGCUCAGAUACAACGCGAGGCCUGUAUUCCCACCACAGCUGUCGGUAAAAUCGUUGACCCCUUGAAGGCCGAGGCGUUGCUUCAGGACAACAGCGCGACACUCAUAUUCAUAGGUCGGGCGCUACUAAACAACCCUCACUGGCCAUACACUGCCGCUGACCUCUUGGCCACCGAACACACCUUCAAAUAUCCCGAUUCCUAUGACUGGCUUUUUCAAGUGGAGACACAUCAAUCCCUACUAUUCACACCCAUCAAAAUACGGGGCCUAACCCUCAAGAACCGUAUCGGCGCAUCACCAAUGGCUACGUGGCAAGCGGUAGAUGGUAUAGCGAAUGAUUUUCACCUAGCACACUACGGCGCAUUUGCCCUGGGUGGUGCCGGACUGGUUAUGGUAGAAGCCACCGCUAUCGAGCCCAGGGGUCGCGGCGCCAAAGCCGGAAUUUCCAUCUAUAAUGAUAAACAUGUCGACGCGUUGAGUCGUAUUACCAAGCUCAUUAAGUCACAAGGAGCCGCACCAGCCAUACAACUGUUCCACUCGGGUCGUAAGGGUAGUACAGCUGAACCCUGGGCUAACAUUAGACACCAGUUAACGGAUGAUGAAGGUGGUUGGGAUCUUAUAGCUCCCAGUGCUAUACCGUUUGGCGAUGGUUUGGAUAGAGUGCCAAAAGAGGCCACACUUGAGGACAUAGAAGUACUGCAACAGGCGUUUGUGUCGGCGGCGCUCCGGGCGGUAAAGGCUGGCUUUGAGGUGAUUGAGCUUCAUUAUGCACAUGGCUUUCUGGUCAGUUCAUUUCUAUCGCCUAUUAGUAAUCAACGCACCGACCGAUACGGCGGUUCACUCGAGAAUCGGAUGCGCUUCGGCUUAGAGACGGCUCGUCGGGUGCGGGAAGUGAUCCCCAAAUCAAUGCCACUGUUUGUGAGGAUUUCGGUCACGGAUUACGCGGACAACGGAUGGGAUGUCAACGACAGCGUA